AUGCGGCUAUGGGCCAUCGGAGACAUCCACCUGUCCUUCAAGAGUAACAGAGAAGAAUGGGCCAAGCUGAAGGCCAAGAAGGAAGACGGAUUGAUCCUGGCUGGUGAUGGUACGCCGCUCCCCUUCCAUCUGCCCCCGUUCAUGGCUAACCACGUCAGUGGGCGAAAACCUUGACCACCUGAAGGAAGCCUUUCGGAAAGCCAGUCGCCGCUUCAAACAUGUCUUCUGGGUGCCAGGAAACCAUGAGCUGUAUACCACCUCUUCGCCAAACAUCAGUGAUAAGGAGAAAGCUCUCAAGGGCGAGGCCAAGUACAAGGCCUGCGUCAAAGUGGCACGGCACUACGGUGUCCUGACUCCUGAGGAUGAUUAUAUGACCUGGCCUUAUACAACGGCAGAUGGGACGCAAGAACGUGCCUUGAUCUGUCCCAUUUUCACCUUAUACGAUUACAGCUUUCGUCCCGACAACAUCUCGCGGGAGCAGGCUCUGGAUUGGGCCAUGGAAGAGGGUAUCCAGGCGACCGACGAAAAGCUGUUGCAUCCAGAUCCUUACGCAACCAGAGACGCCUGGUGCACCCGUCUGGUAUCGGAAAGUGAAGCGAAGCUGGAGAAGGCCGCUGCUUCCGGACUCCCUUUGGUCAUCAUCAACCACUGGCCGUUGAGGGAAGACACCGUCUUCAUUCCGCGGGUCCCGCGAUUCAGCCUUUGGUGCGGUACCAAGGAGACUAAUGACUGGCAUACUCGCUUCAAUGCCAAGGUUGUAGUGACCGGUCAUCUGCACGUCAGGCGGACGGACUGGAUCGACGGCGUUCGCUUCGAGGAAGUCAGCCUUGGGUAUCCGAGGCAGUGGCAAGAUGCCAAGGAUGUCGGCAACGAUGUCAAUACUCUACUGCGAGAGAUCCUACCAGGACCAGAAACGCCGGUGCGAGGACAAGAGCCUCCCACUGCAUUCAGGCGGCUUGGAGUAGGCGAUACCAAAUGCCUAUGA